AUGCAGGACGCCUUCCGUCCCACCAAGAUCGUGGGCAAGAAGCGCCGCUGCGCCGAGGACGAGCCCGGCCCGGCCAAACAGGGCCAGGCCCGGCGGCACGUGACGCCCGGGGCUGCCGCCCGCUUCAAGCGCCUGAAGCCACCCGGCAUCGCCGGGCUCAGCCUCCCCGUCAACAGGCUCAUAGAGGUGCUUGACCAUGCGUCGGUGCUGGCGUUGCUCCAGACGGUUAUGGCCCACCACCCGGAAAUCGUGCCCACCGUGACCAAAGUCGCGCCCAAGUCGUCCGUGGCCGACACCAUCGAGCUCAUCCAGCAGAAGGCCGCCCGCAUCAAGGCCGCGCUUCCCUACCGGUGCGACAUGGAGAGCGACUACUCGUACAUCCGCGUGAAGCCGCACUUGACGGAGUUCCUCGCGUGCAUCUCGGACUUUGUGCUUGACCUCCUCCCGCCCAUGGACUCGCCGUUGCACCGGGCGUGCGUCGUACUCGACGCCAUUGCCACGGCGGUGCACGAGCUCCCCAACUUCUCCAACAAGGAGUUCCAGUACACGCGCAGCAUGGCGUACGAGCAGCUCGCCACCCUGUGGCUCGCCGUCUUGAACCACCACAAGAGCCCCGAAGAUCCGGAAUCCGCGGGCGAGGAGGCGUGCGCGGCCAGCCCCAGCUUGGAGAAGAGCAUCGACUGGCUCAAGACCAUCGAGGAGAUGCACUUGCUCCAGCAGGUCGAGAGGCACAACGACGUGUCGGGCGGCAAGUUUGCUGCGCUCGUGGACUUUGUGCGGGCCGAGUUGGACUCGUUCGCGCAGCUCAACCACGGCUUCAGCAACAGCAACACGGGCUCCAUAUUCCUGGACCUCAUCUCCGUGGACUACUCGGGCUUCUCCAUCUCUGCGCGAACCUCGCACUAG